AUGGCCUUAGAUAAAGACAGAUCAGCACAGCUUCAAGACCUUGCCAAAAAGGUUCUGAACAAACCAUCAUCACCAAACAACUCAGCAGAAAUAUCAGACAUUGAGCCAGAUCAACAAAAGAGACAAGAGCAGAUUGAAAACGAGACUGCAGAAGAUAUAGCUGCAGCAAAUGAUGUCAUCGAAAUGGCCUUUAAACAAAUUUUUGAAGACGUGGGCGCAAGCAAAGUUGAAUUUAAGAACUAUAAGAGGCAAAUUAACUUGUUCAUAGGGGAAUAUGAUGCUGAUAUGGUUGUGAAACAUUUGAAUGAAAAAAAACAUUCCCAGCCUAAUUUAUCGUAUGAUUACAUCACAGACGAAGACAAUCGUUUGAAGGGUCUUUUUUGGUGUGACGAUCAAGCCAAACGUAAUUACCACGUGUUUGGUGAUGUGAUUUCGUUUGACGCCACGUAUCGUUCCAACAAAUACUCUAUGGUGUUUGUACCGUUCACUGGUAUAGACAAUCAUCACUGCAAUGUUACAUUUGGUGCAGCAUUGUUGGCGUCGGAAACUGCUGAUACGUAUAUUUGGUUGUUAAGAGUUUUUCUUAAGCCUGUUGGUUCUCAACCAAAAGUUGUUGUCACUGACCAAGAUCCAGCGAUGAAGAAGGCUAUUUCUGUUGUAUUUGUUGACACGAGGCAUCAGUUAUGCAUGUGGCAUGUGAUGCAUAAACUUUCUCUGAAGACGGAUAUUCUCACACCUGAAGAGUUUGAAUCAGAAUGGGAAAUGGUUAUUGCAGAAUUCAAUUUAGAAGAUAAUGACUGGCUAUCUGAUAUUUUUGCACUUAGGGAAUCUUGGAUCCCUGCAUACUAUAGAAUGGAGCCUAUGUCUGGUCUUAUGCGAACGACAUCCAGGUCGGAGAGUGAGAAUCAUUCUUUUGGUCAAGUGUACAAUUCGAAAGCUACUCUGGUUGAGUUCAUGACGCAUUAUGAGACUGCAAUAGAAGCACAGCGUCACACACAUCCUGAGCUUAUUGGAGUUGCUGAUUGCAUAAAUCAACGUUACGAAGAUCAGCCUGAUGGGUUUGUUAAAUUUUAUGUAAAUGACUUCCAACAGCUUUGUACAUCCUUAUUUGAGGUAUUGUUCCGUAACUCUGAUUGCAUAUGCAAUUGCUCAUGCAGACGUUUUAAACAGUUUGGUUUGCUAUGUAGACAUAUAUUCUAUGUUUUGAGACUUAUGGACAUUAGGGAAUAUCCAAAACAAUACAUUCGGAAUAGAUGGCGCAAAGAGGCCUCCCCAAACUGCUGUCCUGAAUUCUCAAUUAGUCGUGAAUAUAUGACCGAGCUUGAUCCUGAUGUGCAAAAGGAGCUAUCCUUAUACAAGGAUCAUGUUCAAUCUUAUAUGAAGAAGGUUCAAGAUUUGCAGAUUGUUGCUCCUCCCGCUAGUUCUAGGGAUAGAUUUGCCGAGAUAACUAGUCAAUAUAAAAAUGACAAGAAUCCGAUAAGAGUCCCUGUAGGUUAUGAAUCCAAAGGUUCUGGUUCUCGGAAGCGCCUGAAAUCUAAACAGGAGAUAGCAGUUGACAAAAAGAAAUCAAAGUCGAAACCCGGGGCCAAAGAAAGACAGUGUCAGAACUGCAAAGCCUAUGGACACUACGCAUCAACAUGCAAACAGGCCGUAAUUAAAAGAAGAUUGACAAGGUCUUCGAGAGCCAGUGAAGAGUAG